AUGGAUCCAGGAGUUGAAAAAGAGAAGAGAGAUGAUGACAACAAAAAGGUGGUUGCAGAGAUCAUGGCAAGAUGUUUUGUUCCAAGUCUAAUAACAACCACUUCCUGGGAGGGGUUUCAUUUUGUCGGUCAUGAGAUUCGGAUUACUGAAGCCAUGGAUUGUUAUGGUGCUGUUGUUUGGCCAUCGGCCCUCGUUCUAUGCUAUUUUCUGGAAACAAAUGUGAAGCACUAUAAUAUGGUUGAUAAAAAUGUGAUUGAAAUUGGAGCUGGAACAGGGCUAGUCUCCAUCGUGGCAAGUUUACUUGGUGCACACGUGACUGCCACAGACUUACCUGAAUUACUUGGAAACCUGCAAUAUAAUAUUUCCCGAAACACCAAAAUGAAAUGCAAGCAUUUGCCUCGGGUUAAAGAGCUCUCCUGGGGCGUAGCUUUAGAUGAGAACUUCCCCAGGUCUUCCAACAAUUUUGACUACAUCCUGGCAGCUGACGUUGUCUACACCCACCCUUUCCUGGAAGAACUCCUCAUUACUUUUGACCAUCUGUGCAAAGAAACUACCAUCAUCCUCUGGGUCAUGAAAUUCAGGUUGGAGAAAGAAAAUAAAUUUAUAGAUAGAUUUAAGGAGUUGUUUGACCUGGAGGAGAUUUCCAGUUUCCCUAGCCUGAAUAUUAAGUUGUAUAAAGCCAUGAAGAAAAGUCGGAGGAGUGCGUGAUACCCUCAAGGAGGGCUUCAAAAGCAAAGAUGGUUUCUA